UCCCGAUUUGAAGACUGCUUAUGUUAGUUGCACUGAAAGCGCUCCUCCUUCUGGAGGAUUGCCUGUUUAUUAUAUAUUGUGCUCGACUUAAAAAGAAAAAGAAAAAAAAAAAAGGAAGACCUGUGAUGGCAGAUUACUGAAAAUUUUGCUUUGUACAUGGGAAGUGCUUUGACUAAAUGUAGUAACAAAAGAUAAAUAACUAUUAGCCUCCAAAGCUGAUGGCAAUGUGCUUAAGGAUUUUCUACAGUAAGUGACUAGCAGAAAUGUGGAGCAUAUAACACCGAGCAGGGAAAAGGAAAGAAACAAGUGUGAAAACUGGCAGAAGAUUGCUCUCCAUACUACAGAAGCAGCAAGUACUUUCUCAAGCUGUGACUUUAUGGUCUCUCUGCUGUGAGCAUUUCCCCCCUCAGAGUGUCUACACCUGACUGGAAACAACGCUGGUCAAGAAAAUGACACACUGGCAGAUCUGUUGUAAGCACUUCUCAACUGUGCUAAUGCUCAUUCUGUGUACCUGAAGCAGCAAAAUGGACUAACUUGGUUAACCCUUUGGCUCUUCGACAAGAGUUUUUCUGAUGGGAUAUAUGACUCUCCUGGGGCUACUCAGACAAGUCAUCACUGCAAAGGCAAUGACAGGCUGGCAGAAACAGUGGUAUUGUUUGCAAGCAUGUCAUCCUAUGAUACAUAAGCUCUUUAAAAGCUGCUUCUACUGAUUAGACCAUAAUGCAAGUGUGACAGAAGAACCUGGAAAAUGAGUUUCUUUGGUGAUGAGAGGAGUCCCUCAAACACAAGUACAGUGUCCAUUGUGCCCUUGGAGGUGUUCACGUCAGAUCUGCCCUAUGGGUAUGGGAAUACCUCCGGUUUCUGCAACAAGACCAUGGAUGCUGAGAAACUCUGUAAUCUGUCAUGUGCUGAGAACUUGGCACCACCAUGCUUUUCAGUGAAGAACUGGUCGGCCCUGCUUACUGUGAUUAUAAUCAUUUUGACCAUCGCAGGCAACAUCCUUGUGAUUAUGGCUGUGUCACUUGAGAAGAAACUGCAGAACGCGACAAAUUAUUUCCUGAUGUCACUUGCCAUAGCUGAUAUGCUGUUGGGUUUUUUGGUGAUGCCAGUCUCCAUGCUUACAAUACUCUACGGAUACAUUUGGCCCCUGCCUUCUGAGCUGUGCUCAAUCUGGAUUUACUUGGAUGUACUGUUUUCAACGUCCUCCAUCAUGCAUCUCUGUGCUAUCUCCUUGGAUCGAUACAUAGCCAUAAGAAAUCCCAUUCAUCACAGUCGCUUUAAUUCAAGAACGAAAGCCUUCAUGAAAAUAGUUGCUGUUUGGACUAUAUCUGUUGGGAUAUCCAUGCCUAUUCCAGUGUUUGGAUUAAAGGAUUUCUCCAAAGUGUUAAAAGGUGGCAGCUGUUUCCUAACAGAUGACAACUUUGUUCUGGUGGGAUCCUUUGUGGCCUUUUUCAUCCCCUUGACCAUCAUGGUGGUGACAUAUUUUUUGACAAUCAGAGCUCUGCAGAAUGAGGCUACCAUGUGCUUGGACGAGCUUGUCCCAAAACCCAGAUGGACAUCAUUUAGUUUCCUCCACCAGAGCUCUUUGUCUUCAGAAAAACUUUUUCGAAGAUCUCUAAGCAGAGAUGCAGGAAUGAAUGGGCGUAGGACGAUGCAGUGCAUCAGCAAUGAACAGAAGGCCUCUAAAGUCCUGGGGAUUGUCUUCUUCUUGUUUGUGGUGAUGUGGUGUCCUUUCUUUAUAACCAAUGUGCUGGCUGUGAUCUGUAAAGACACCUGCAAUGCAGCCAUCAUGGAAAUGCUGCUCAAUGUAUUUGUGUGGAUUGGCUAUUUGUCAUCUGCUGUGAAUCCUCUGGUUUAUACCUUGUUUAACAAGACCUAUCGUUCAGCAUUCUCACGUUAUAUCCACUGCCAGUACAAAGAAGAAAAGAAGCCUCUGCAACUUAUUCUGGUCAACACUCUCCCACCACUGGCUUACAAUUCCACACAGUUGCAACUGGGAGACAUGGAAGUCCUAAAAAAUGGCAGCCGGAUUGAUCCCAAGGACUUUUCAGUACUUGCCAUUGGAAUUAACAAUUUUAACACUUCAAAACUCAGCAAAGGAAAGAAUAAAGAAAACGUGAGCGCUGUAUAGCUGCUUCUCAUUAAUUCUGUAUCAGGACAGAAUUCAUUGUAAUGCAAAAACUUAAAACUGACAUUAAAGAAAGGCUCUUAACAACGAGGGAAAUAAUAAAUGGGAGAAAAGAUCUUUCU